ACCGCUGAAGUGUUUUUGAGGUGCAUGAAAAUAAACGAACUACCGUAUUCUUUUUGUCAAUAUUGUGAAGAACUGAUAUUUUUACUUAUGAAAUUUACAAUUUGAAUAUGUUUCCAAUUAUUUCGGAAUUGAGAUAGUAGGUAAUUUAAAAUAUGUGAUGAAAUCUCAGUCUGAUAUGUCUCUUCUGAGUGGGUUUUGAAGUGUUUUUUUCAUAACUGGGGUUUGAAGUGUUUUAUUUAAUAAGCCAUUUAAAGUGAUUUCUUUAUAGCUGGGGUUUAAAGUGUUCCUUUAAUAACUGGUAUCAAGGUUGGUUUUGGUAUUGAAGUUUUAGUUUUAAUAAAUUUGAAAAAUGGAACGGAGUGUUUCAUUUGAUCCCAGAUGUACCAUCAACGGACCAUUACGAUCAAAAGCCAGAAGCUUUUUGGGCAACGACACUCUAGCUUUUAUUGAGCAAUCACUUUUCACAUCAAAAGAGCGAGAGAAGAAGACAUGCCGCAACACGGCAAUAAUCUGCACCAUCGGCCCAGCGAGUCACCACACGCAAACACUAGAGCGACUGAUUGCAGCGGGUAUGAAUAUUGCACGCCUAAACAUGGCUCACUCAACUCACGAGCAGCUCGUUACCCUCAUCAAAAACAUCAGAGCAGCCACUCAGGGCUACACGUUGAGGACUGGAUCCAACGUUUCUGUUGCCAUCGCAAUGGAGACUCAAGGCUCUCAAAAACGCACCGGCAAAUUAGAAAACAGUAUGGAUGAAGUUGCUUUGAAAAAGGGGGCAACUGUCACACUCACCACAAAUCCCAAGUACAAAGACAAGUGCAAUGCAGAUAUUAUCUAUAUCAAUGGCAAAAAGUCGGUGUUGGAGAAAUCAGAGAUAAUUCUGGACGAUCAGAUACAUCUCAUAGUUGAAUCGAUCAACAACGAAGAUAUGAAAUGUACGGUUGUAAACUCUGGACAUCUGGGCAGCUGGAAGAAAGUUUGUUUCCCUGGAGAGUUGGAGGAUGACAAUUCAUCAAGUGUUGAAAUAGAGGAGAAGAAAAACCUGGAAUUCGCAGUUGAACAAGACAUUGAUAUCAUUAUUUUGUCUCAUGUGAUGAAUGCGGGGAAUAUCUUUGAAGCUCGCAAAUGCAUCGAAGAGACUGGCAAGCAGAUUUCAUUGGUGGCCAAACUUCGGACCAUGUCGGCUAUGAGGAACAUGAAAGAGAUAAUGCAAGAGGUAGAUGGAAUCAUGGUGGCUAGGGAAGAGUUAGGAAUUAUUUUUAAAGUGGAGAAGGUUUUCGUGGCUUUGAAGAAUAUAAUAACUUAUUGUGUUCGUAUAGGGAAGCCUGUGAUCUGCGCGUCAGUGAUGCUGCGAUCAAUGGUGCGCUGUCCCAGAGCAUCCCAAGCCGAAUCAUCUGACAUUGCCAACGUGGUACUUGAUGGAGUCGACUGUGUGGUACUGUCUGGCGAAACAGCGAUUGGCAACUACCCUCUAGAAAGCCUGAGAACAAUGGUGAAGAUAUGCAACGAAGCCGAGGACCUAGUGAAGAAUAGACUGCUACCAAUGGACCCAGUGCUGUCAAUACUUGACCCGAUGAACACUCUAGCAUUGACCGCCAUUGAUACUGCUUUGAAAUGCUCGGCGGCUGCCAUUAUGGUGAUCACAUUAUCGGGCAGAACUGCUCACAUGAUAGCUAGGUAUCGACCUGAUUGUCUGCUGAUCAUGGUCACUAGGCAAGUGAGCACUGCUAACCAGUCACAUCUUUACCGCAGAAUUCACCCCAUUCUCUGCGACAUCCAAAGCCAAGAGGACGUUCGCAAGGAUAUCGAUGCUCAGGUACAGUUCGGAAUACUACAAAGCAAAAAGAAACGCUUGUUGGAUCCUGGAAAUCAAAUUGUUAUAAUUAUUGGAAGACAGAUGGACAAAUCGUUGAUGCAUACAGUUCGUAUUGAAGAUGUUGUAUAAAUUAUAAUGAAAAAAUAAAAAAAUAAUACUGGAGAGCAAUCUACUGAUUCCAUGGAAGAGAGCAUUGAACACUUUUUUCUUGGACUACGAAUGUUAUAAGUCAUACAUCCCUGGAAAUAGAUGAUUAUAUAAUGGAUAUCAUUCAAGUAUUCCAGGAUUAGUGGUGAUAUUACUUCGUGUUUUAGCACCAAUCAAGAUUUUCAUAAAAUAAUAUUGGAAAUAAAAUAUUUUGUAGUGAAAUUUAUUUACUUUGAUUCGUUGUACAAUAUUAAUUUUUAGCGUAUGGCAGAUAGCCUACACAACAAAGCUCGUGAGUCUCAAAUGCUUAGAUAAACACUGUAUAUUUCCGAAUUCUUUGAGAUGUUGUGUAGUUUUCGGUCAGGAGAACAUAAGUUUGUCUGACCGCCAUAAUUAGCUAGUCCAUUUAGCGUUACACA